GCGAAAAAAGCGUCUUUCUUUUUAGAGUGUUUGUCAACGAGACCUAACACACCAUGCCUGUUGCCAGGAGCUGGGUGUGCCGGAAGACAUAUGUCACACCUCGGCGACCUUUUGAAAAGUCUCGCUUGGACCAGGAGUUAAAGCUUAUUGGUGAGUAUGGGCUGCGUAAUAAGCGUGAGGUAUGGCGAGUUAAGUUCACACUGGCCAAGAUCCGCAAAGCUGCCAGAGAGCUGCUGACGUUGGACGAGAAAGACCCCCGUCGUCUCUUUGAAGGUAACGCCCUGUUGCGUCGUUUGGUGCGUAUUGGUGUGCUGGAUGAAGGGAAGAUGAAGCUUGAUUACAUUCUAGGUUUGAAGAUUGAAGACUUUUUGGAGCGUCGUCUACAGACCCAAGUGUUUAAGCUGGGACUUGCUAAAUCUAUUCACCAUGCUCGUGUGCUGAUCCGACAGAGGCAUAUACGUGUCCGGAAACAGGUGGUGAACAUACCUUCCUUCAUUGUACGUUUGGACUCUCAGAAGCAUAUUGACUUCUCCUUGCGUUCUCCUUAUGGUGGUGGACGUCCUGGCCGUGUCAAGCGAAAGAAUGCCAAGAAGGGCCAGGGAGGUGGCGGAGGUGGUGAUGAUGAAGAGGAAGAUUAAACUGUACUUAUUGCACAAUGAGGCAUUGUUUUGAAAUGCAGCAUUGCGCAUGUUUAAAAAAUAAAUUUCUGGAAAAACA